AUGGAGAGGAAAAGCACAGCCGGGCACCUAGACUUCUGUAAAAUAGAUAAUUCCAGCCUUUCUAAAACAGGCAUACUCCGUGGAAAGAUGAUGAAUGGUACAUGCACUAUUUUAAUUUGCAACAGAAAUGCUAAGCUGGAGUGGUACUGUUAUUUGCUGAUUCUGGUUUGCCUUUUCACUUUAUUAGUAGGAUUUCUAGGCAACAUACUUGCACUACGACAUUACGUGUACUGCAUGAAGACAUGGACUACCAAUACCAUAUUUCUCUUUAAUUUGGCACUGUGUGACUUGACUUGGACUCUCAUGGCACCUUUUUCGGUAUAUUAUAGUCUCCAGAAGUUAGCUGUCUAUUCCAGUCAAGCAUUUUAUCAGAUCAUAAGACUAUUUUUUAGUAUUAAUAUCUAUGGAAGUGUCUAUUUCCUGACACUCAUCAGUUUUGACAGAUAUGUAGCUGUCCAUCCUAUUACUUCAUUAACAUGGUGGGACAAAGGAAAGGCCAUGUUUUGUACCAUCGCGUUAUGGAUCUUCAUAGUGAUUGCAUCGAUGCCGGAGAUCUACUACACAGUUGCAGCUGGAAGACAACACGACAUCAUAGAUUCCCUGGAUGGCACUGAAGGCCCUUUACAAUUUGCAGUGCCAUUCACACUCUCCAAGAUUGUAUUGAGAUUCCUAAUUCCAGUCACAGUCAUCUUUACAUGCUAUAUGUUGACUCUCAAAGCAUUACUACAAUUCAGUAAACGUCAGCAAAGAAGGAACAGACUUGUUAGACCUCUGUUACUGAUUUCAGCCGCUAUGAUUGUAUUUGCUGUUUCUUUCAUACCUUAUCACGUUAUGAUGAUGGUGAUACUAAUAUACAGAAUUAAUUGUCAACCACCCUGUGGGAACAUAAGCACAUUAAGUGCCAUUUAUGAAGUCACAGAGAUCAUCUGCAGCUUCAACAGUUGCCUUGACCCAAUCAUUUUUACGGUAGCAAAUAAGACAUUCCAUCAAAGAAUUAAAAGUAUAAAAUGUCAUCCCAAAUGCCAGUGCUGCUGUUGUCUGACAGGAACGGUAAGGGACAUCACUCUGUCCCCAAGAACAAUGACUUAA